CCGUCAGGAAACCACAGGCAGCCACAUUGCUCUCUUGAGUCACCGAGUACUCUUGGACACGCUCUCACACUCAUCAGUCACACACACAUGCACACACUCCACAGCCUGGCAGCCCGCACAGCCAGCACACUCCAGGAUGACAUACUGAAACACUGCAAGGCAUUCUCACCAGUUUGUUAGAAUUGCAAGUGUAACCAUGCCCAUUCUGAAGAAGCUUCCGGGAAGGUCCAAGAGCUGCCAUGAGUUCCCCAGAGUGAACGGUGAACUGAUCCUGCCCCGGUCCCUGGACUUGGACCUCAGGGACUUGAAUCAUCUCAAUGAUCUCAAGGAGCUGAACGACCUGAAAGAGCUGAACAAGAACCUUAACCCAUUUGAGGAUGUGGACCUGGAUGAGGAUGAGAGAAAGGGGGGCGACAUGGGCCUCAUCAUGGGGGAGGUCAGGGGUAACCUCCAGCUCAGGUCCUCCCGUGAUGGUGAAGAGGAGGAAAACGAGGUGAACGCAGAAAGACAUGGAGCAGGGAAUCCUAAAGGGAGGCCCCUCAGGGGGACCCUGGAGCGGAUCUGUGGGGUGUCGCCCCUCAAAACCCUUGGAAAACUGGGGAAAGGGCUGCGCAUAUCAGGACGCAAUGUUUGGGGGAACAACACUCCUCACUACAGUCCUGGAGACUCAAAUACUCUCCCGCCAGAGAGGGAGAAAAGGAAAGGACUGCGCCGAGGCUCCGAAGGAAUUAUGACCCUGCUCCGCUUCACAGGUCGACGCAAGGAGGAGCGCAGAGAGAGCCUGCCCUGCGGAAACCUGUGCACGGACAGCGAGGCGGAGGCUUCCAGGCGGCCCUCCUUCCUCAGGAUGGUCAGUCUGGGCAAGCUGAAGAGGGAAUCCAUGUCAGACAAGGCAUCCCAAGAGACUGAGGAGGAAUCAGUGGAGGAGGAGCCAGUGGUGAAAACCAGAGAGCCCCUCUCAGUACUGGAGAUCCUACAGCUGGUCAACAACAGGGACCUUCUCCUGGCCGACACACACAUUCAGGAACUGGAGCGAGAGUGUGAGCUGCUGUCCCUCCUGCCGACUACAACUAGUCCCAUCCACACUCCCACCCUCUGCCCCAGCCCCCCUCCCUCCGUGAUCCCCUUAUCGUGCUCAUCCUUAGAUGAAGCCCUCAGCUCCAAUGCAACCCUGGACUCGAGCAGGCGGAAGGCGAAGGACGUGGAGCUGCUGUAUGAGGCCCUGCAGAAGGAGAUGUGGGACGUGGUGCGGGAGUCCCUCCGCCAGCCAAGCGCUGGUCCCAACCUUGGACUGGUGGUGCUGGUGAUCCAACAGGAGGAGCAUGCUGAUGCUGUCUGGGCCCAGAGAGAGCACACCAAGCUAGAGCGAGAGAACCCUCAGAGUCAGCCAAGCCACCGUCCCCGGCGACUGAAGACGAAGUGGAGGCAGGCAGUGGCGGAGGCUGCAGACUGGAGCCUGCCACAUCAGGUCGACACCCAGGCAGGCCAGCUGGCCUCUUACCUUGAGCGCCUGAGGAACCGGAUGGUGGAUGACCUGGAUGCUGCGAGGAGGAACGCUGUGUCCAUUUACCCAGAGGAAUUCGCUGCCUUCCAGGUGUACGUGGAAAGUUACCAUCGAGGGGUGGCCAAACGCCUUCGAACCAUCACCAGCGGCCCGCUGCAGGUCACUGACGUCUACUCACUGCUUGACUGGUUCUACAACAUCUACAACAGGGAUGUCCUUGGAACCAUUGGCACCACCACACCAAUCAGCUAUAAUUCACUGGAACCCAUUCUGCCUCAAGACACUGUGGACAGACUGGAGCAAGACUGCAUCAGUAUCGUCAGGGAGAAUGUGACAACGGAGCUGAUUCAGGUUCUGGAUGAAGAAGAGAGGCGAUGGGCCCAGACUCUGCACAUAGAAGAGUAUCAGUCCCACUUGGCACGCUCAGUCAUCCAGAGGCUGAAGGUGGACUUGGACAGAUCCACAUCUGUGAACCAGUUUCUUGGGGCGAGAGUGGCACGCUGUAGUCUGAUCGGACUGGCUGACUUUCUCUACAAUUUCCAGAGAAAGGUAGAGAUGUUUCAUGACACUCAGGCAGAAUUUGGAGACCGAGGGGAUGGAUAUGUUUCCAGGACCAUAGCUCUGGUCAACUGCUGCCCUCCUCUCAGGUCCUUGGUGGAGCGCUGCAGGCAGUGUGACCCACAGGGCAGCGAGGAGUCGGCACAGAGAGCCAACUCCUCACUGGACAGGAUCAUCAACCAGUCGGUGAGGGUGCUGACUGACAGACUGUUUGAGCACAUCCGGCCUUUUUUCGACAAACUGAUAAAGCGAAAAUGGCUGAACAACACUGAGGCCUUUGAGGCCAUUGAAGCCAGCAUCAAACAACACUUCAAGAAGUUCAGAAGGAUGGACCCUCCACCAUAUCAGACGCUGGUGGGUGAAGUACACCGGCGGGUCCUGGUGGAGUACGUCCGAGCCAUCAUGCGGGGACGGAUCAUCUGCACAUCCUCCAAGAUGAGGAAGAGGAUGGCCUUCCGCCUGCAAGAUGAGGCUAAACAGCUUAAAGGACUCUUUAAGGAUCUGGAAUCAAGCUCAUCCUGGUUGGACAGCAUCAUCAGUCACUUAGCUGACAUAAUUCUCCUGGAGGACACUCCCUCUAUCCAGAUGGAGGUUGCUGUCCUGGUGAAAGAGUUCCCAGAUAUACGGAAGAAGCACGUCUCCACCCUGCUGAACAUAAGGGGGAUGAUGCGGCAGGCAGAGCGCCAGGAGAUCCUCAACAUCGUCAAAGACUUCGAGUGCAGCAAUGCCCUCAUGUGCCGGGACCACGCCCUCUUUUCCGACAUCCCCAUCACCUCGGAGGUGCACUGCAUCAGCCUGGGUCUCCUCCGCCUCGCCAUGACCGUCUCCAACUGGUUCUCAGAGCACCGUCCGAGGCGAAUCCGCCGGACGAGUGCCAGAAACGCACCUCAUAACGCCGAGGGCCAGAAAAUGGAGGAGAUGAACAAACUUCACAGAGAAGGCUAGCCGUUGGUGUUUGUGUUAGGAGAGCACUCACAGACGUACAGUGAAGAUACUGAUGAGAUGUACAUGCACCUUGACCAGAAAAAACUGAUUGUACCAAAUAUUGUCACCAGCCACUUAAAGAAACUUGACUCCAGGUACUCCUCGUACUGUACACGCUCACAGACUUAAGAACAUUUCUCCAUCUCCAGAUGUGCAUUUUUAAUGGAAAUGUGAAACAGACUGUGUAUCGUAAUAGCUCACCAUGAUUUGUAGUAAUUUUUAGUUGAUCUACACAUCCACAGAAGUAAACAAGUGGUAGCAAAUAUCCUCAAUAUGUAACUUCUUCAGUUUUUUGUUUUUUUUUUGUUGCCUUUUAUUCCCCCAUAUCCAGUGUUGGGCAGUUACUGAGUAAUGUGUCACUUUCCCCAGUAGUAGAGUAGUGAAGGGAUUCCAAUUUCCAAAUCAGCGAUUAUAUUACAGUUUGUAAUUUUGUUAUGUAACUCUGCAUUACUGGGUCACCUGAAUGCAAUUAGUUUUUGUCUUAGGUAGGUUUUCUUGUGCACGGCAGGUAAGGGAAGGUCAAGUUGGCCUACUAGCCAAAAAAGCUGAAUGGAGGCUGGAGGAUGAGGGAGAGAGGUAUGUCUCAGUGAGUUUGUCCCAGUCAGACAUGCAGAGAACAUUGUUGUUUACGCGAGCAGCCAAACGCUUAACCGCAAAAAAAAAAAACAAAAACAACAAAAACAACAUGUAAUUUGCUAAAGCAUCUGAUGCAUUUGAUUUCAGAGCAGGAUACUAUUGUGGAGGGUUGUGAAGAAGCCUGUUGAUGGGUAUAUCGAGGAGAAGAUGUUAUAUAAGUAGUAUAGUAAUAUGACGGGUAAUGUAACAAAUGACUUCUGAUACCAAAUAAUAAGUAAAGUAAUAUUACUUUUUAAUGGAGUAAUAAGUCAAAAGUACACUUCUUGAGUAACCUGCCCAACACUGCCUGCGUCAAAGCAGAAACAACUGCUAGCAGAUGCAAUGCAAUAUGAUGUUUUGCUGUUUAGCAUGUAUUUACCCAACCAUAUAUAUACCCACUCUCUGGUAUAUCGUCGAUAUGUAUGUGAGGAUAUAGUGUUUGGAAAUGUAAAUGUGUUGAACUCUCACUGUGAAUGAAGUGGAUCUGUUGCUGGAAAUGUAAUAAAAACCCAUUGACUGGGUAGACUGAACGGA